UUCCACUUGCCUUCUCUCCGCCUCUAUAAACAUUCUUCCCUGCAACCAAAUCCCCUGCACUCACAAUUAAUCUUCUUCUGCUCUGUUCCAUAUUUGCAGAGCUUUUGGCCUCUUGUUUUUCUUGUUACCAGUUAAAAAUGAAGAAAAUAGUUGUAAGAUCGACCUUUGAGGAUGAGAAUGGCAAGAGAAAGGCACUCAAAGUUGUUGCAGGUGUUCAAGGGGUGGAUUCUUUAGCUGUGGAUGCAAAGGACAAGAAGAUAACUGUGAUAGGGGAUGUGGACCCUGUUUUUUUGACCUCAAAGCUCAGAAAAAUUGGCUUCACAGAGUUGCUGAGUGUGGGUCCUGCCAAAGAGGAGAAAAAGGAGGAGAAGAAGCCUCAGAAUGAUCCAAAGAAGGACAAAAAGUCAGAAGUUCCACAGAUUGUGUAUGUUCCCAGCAUCUCAGACUAUAACCCCCCUAAUUACACUGUUGUCAGGGAGGAGCAUCCUCCUCCUCCCUGCACUAUCUUAUGAACAAGUCUGUUUGUCAACCAAUCUUUUGAGGUAAAGACUCUUGUAUUUUGGUAUACUGUACUGCUCCCAUCUUCAGGGCAGGGAAGUAAACUAGUUUUUUGGGUUUUGUAAAGCUCUUGUACUAUGUUUAUAGAAAGGGAAGCAAGAUCACUGUGAUAAGUGCAACAACCAAAUGAGAGCUAGAAGAAAAGCAAUUUAUUGCAGGAGUGUGAUAAUGAGUAGACUGUCAUAACAGAUACUUGUAUUGUGUUCAAAGGGUUUUUAUACAAAGGGAAUGGUUGAGCUGUGUCUUACUGUUGUGAGUGUAUUGAUAUAGAGGUUAAUGUAAAUAACCUAUAUUACUUCUUGUAUAUGUAAAUUCAAAACAUGUAUUAUAUAAAGCGUUAAAUAAAAUAGACCAACAUUGAGUUU